GAGUCCGAGUCGUGGUCGUUGUCGUGGUUACAACAACUACGCUGCUAUUCUAUCUCGGGUUGGUUUACCUUUACACAAGCUAUUCUAUCUGUGGUUACAACAACUAUGUUGCUAUUCUAUCUCGGGUUGGUUUACGCAAGCUAUUCUAUCUGUGGUUACAACAACGAACUACGUAGCUAUUCUAUCGAGGGUUGGCUUGGGGUCGAAUUCAUCAUACUAUCCUCAUCGACCACAAAUAGUCCUCAUCCUCAUUGACCAUUACCGUGACAUACUAAGCUUAGUGUGGUUACAACAAGUCGUAGUUUGUAUCACAGCCUAUCCAACUAGCAAUCAAUAUCAAAAUCAUGUCCCGGGCGUCCCAACAGUCGCGUCCUCCUGCCUACGUGCAGACCUCGUUGCCGAUCCUGCUGGACUUGCAGAACCGGAAUACCAGAGAGCAAAUAAACACUGGAGCCAGUCGUCCUAGCGCCUCCUCACAAAAGUCAGUUGCAGAGCAAUCGAAAGAUGAGUGCGCACGCAUCAUGCAAGAAAGCGGUGUCGAGUUCCUUCAGAAGCGGCACCUGUGCAGUACUACUCAAAUUCUAUUUUCAUUUUUACAGUACCAAACUGCUUGUUGCUCUUUUUGCAUAUUAGAUGAUGGUCUAAUUUAGAUUUCGUUUAUUCAAAACUAAAGAGGAGCUCGAAAUGUAAUUUUUCGUACUUCUGUUGAAUGAUUUAACGGUGUUUACUGACCACAGGUGGUUCCGGACCACUAACACGGGAGGACGAUGUUCGAUACUUCUGGGAAUGGGUCCGGGAGUUUCAUAACGAGUACAAUGACGACUGGUACACACGCAACAUGCCACGUCUAAAGCAGGAAUUCUACCCUGUCUGGAGAGCCUGCGUGCGACAGGAGACUCAAACAAACAGUAUUUCUUCUAGGCUGAAAAUCGAAAUAGACCUAGUCUUAGACUUACCAACUAGACAUAAGACGUAUGCCACACAAAGACAAACUACAUCAACCCCGCCAUGCUUUUGCUUGAUCUUCAACGAGCCUAUCACUUGAGCCAACGCGUGAUGCUGCCUCCUACUACCUAUGGCUUAGGCACUGCAGGCGGCACAAAUGCGAUGUCAACAGCGACCACAUCUGCGCAGGCUGCAGCACAGGGAGGUGCUAUCGAUUUGUUAGGCGACAUCAACCCGGUACCGUCUCCGUCGAGUACUCUAGCAUCAGGAGCACGCGCGCAAGCGAGACUAGAAGGAGAAGCAAGUCCUGUGCGCCCGACCCAAUCAGCUAUGGAUGAUCUCCUCGGCCUCGAAACAGGAGGGACAUCAAGCACUGCUGGAAGCUUUGCCCCUAAGUUUAGCGCCAGCGUCGCGAGUUCAGGUGAAGGUGGACUCGAUGACCUGUUGUGGUUGCAGCCUCAGCAGCCACCACCAGCUGUAUCAGUAGCGCCUGCAGCUACAAGCAGCCCUGCUUUGCCUCCAUCAGGUGGCGCCAGCUUCGAUUUGCUUGCUGAGCUUUCUUCGACUCCUGUCCGAGCUCAAACAACGUUGCCCCCAACAGCGGCCCGAGGACCAACAACAGAUCUUUUGGGAGAGCCAUGCGCGACUUCAAUCUCGCUCGGCGCGGAAAUCGGAUAUGCACCUGCCGAUUCGUCCUCGAUUAUUGCUCCGGGUCCCAUAGUAGCAGCAUCUUCUAGCGGCGGCGGUGGAGGUUCUUCUCUCGCUGAAGCCUCGCCAACCAAGAACAAAAACAAUCUCACCGCAAUGGUCGACGAUCUUGGCGACCUUUUAUCCGGAGUUUCGUUAUCGCCAUCAAAAGCGAAUGAUCCAGCAAACAAGAGCUCGAGCCCUGGAGUUAGCAGAACACAAUCCAAUAGUCCUACAAGUCCCCAAAAUAUGAGUCGUGGGCCAAGCAAACAAGAAAACUCCCUUAAGCUGAACAAGAUAGCGGACGAGUCUGAUCCGUUUGCUGGGCUGUUGGGGUAGCACUAGUAAUUGUACAUUUGUUCUAUCAUUCCCAAACACGGUGAUUUCAAGCGCAUCACUUAUUUUCGCUAGACGUAAUUUACACAUUCACGACUCAACAUACCGAAUCGCUGAUGUAAAUCAGAUGACUACACGUUCACGUCAAGAUGAGAGAGAUGGAGAUAACGUUUUAUUGAGUGACCGUAACGGACGGAGGGCGAGAGACGGACGAGAGAGCCAUGCUGAUUAUAUUACGCGGUUUUCAGAUAUUCUAGUCAACGUCAAGGAACUGCUGUCUUUGAGGUACAGGGC